AUGGUUCGACCAGAUUCUUUGCCAGCUAGGCUGCCUCGUAUAAACCCGCCCUCGACGGGUAACAAUUAUCCUUUAGCUGUUUCUGAUGCCCCUUCCACGCAGCGAAAAGGCCAUUCCUCACGUUCUUCGAGAACAAAUAUCGUCGAAGGUAACAAAAUGAUGCGCAAUAUUGAUCGGCCCCCACCAGGCGACCCAACCGGCAGUCGCAAGUCUCAAGUACAUCCAGAUCUUAGCAAGAAACGAAGCGCCUAUUUUGAGAGUGAAUUCGCAGCAGCUAACCGGGGCCCGGACCCAGUCAAGGCUCGAAUACAGAAUGAAGCUAUUGUAAUGGCAGAUCUAAGGACAAACGUCAUCAUCAAAGACGAAUUUUCUUUUAUAACCGAUCUCUCAUACAACCUGUCCAACAGGUAUCAGCGACCAAUAUCUUCAAUCGUCAUCAACUUGAACCACGGCUGCUGCAUGAUGUUUGGGGGUUCCUUCGACCCGGCGUACACCUUAACUAUUCACGCGCUUCCGAGUCUCGUUCAGCCUACCACGAAUAAGAGGAAUGCGGCGCUCAUUCAGCGACAUAUUCAAGAGACACUAGGUGUCAUAGCAUCGAGGGGCUAUGUACGCUUCGUCGCUACCCCCGAGGAGAAUGUUGCCAUCGGGGGCAAAACAAUUGCUGCUGAAAUAAACGAAUCUGGUAAUGCCAUGGCCGAUGACAAGCCCGCCGAGACUAGAAAAAGUACCAAGUCAAACCGGAGGCUUGGUGUUAAGUCUUUUGGGGGCUUCAGAUCCGCCUCUAUGACUGAUCUUGCGAAGGUUCCUACGCCACCCCCGAGUACCUCAGACGAGACUACGCCCAUCACGACCAUUCCCGAAGUGCCCCCUACGCCGCCCGAGGACGACAAGUUGGGUGACUUAAUCGAGCACAAGCCGGUCAAGACUGCACCACGUCGCAGAAGCCUAAGAUUCGGUCUGUUUAGUGGGAAGACAGCGGUGUAA